GGUGAGAGGACGGGCUCCUCUCAGCAUCGAACGAACACACACAGAAACUCAGCGUUGAAACGCGUCUGGUUCGGAGAGACGUCAACUACGAGCGACGCGAUUCGGACGAAGCUUAGUGGAAGCGAAAAGCGGACUGUCGUCCAACAGCGAAAAAUUUCGGAUAAAAGUGAGUCCCCGAGCUAAUUCAUCCUAAUCGUCAGCCAGAGAAAGGCUUGGGAAUGCCGCCCCGAAUCACCACGAAUCCCCCGCAUCAUCAACGGAAGACAGGCAAAUAUGGACCACUCAUAGCUGCGAUCGAUCAAGGCACAUCCAGCUCUAGGGUGCUGAUAUUCUCAUCCGAAACUUUCGAAUUGAUCACCUAUCACCAGAUCGAAGUCAAACAGAUCUACCCGAACGAAGGAUGGGUCGAAGAGGAUCCUACGCAUCUACUCGAGACUGUCCAGCAUUGCCUGGGUCAAGUCUGGGAGAAAUUAAAAACCAUGCACAUUGACCCGAAUGAUGUUGUUGCGAUUGGCCUCACAAAUCAACGCGAGUCCACCAUAGUAUGGGAUAAGAACACCGGAGUCCCAUACCACAACGCCAUUCUUUGGUGCGACAACCGGACGGUACAGACAGUGGAGAAGCUUUUGAGCAAAGUACCUCAACACGAUGUCGACUACCUACGGCCGAAGUGUGGGCUGCCACUGUCGACGUAUUUUUCGGCGGUCAAGCUGGUUUGGCUAUUCGAGAACGUGCCUGGCGUUCGAGAAGCCGCUGAGAGAGGCGAUCUGCUUUUCGGAACCGUGGAUUCUUGGCUGCUAUGGAACUUGACAGGAGGAGCUCAUGUGACGGACGUAACGAACGCUGCUCGGACCAUGUUGAUGGACAUCGAGACCACCAAAUGGGACAAAUACUUAUUGAAGUUUUUCGGAAUCCCAAAAUCUAUACUGCCCAGCAUCAAGAGUAGCAGCGAGAUAUAUGGUUACGUAAAGGAGCCGCUGCCAUUCCAAGGCAUACCCAUCUCGGGAUGUCUCGGUGAUCAGAGCGCCGCGCUGGUCGGCCAGAUGUGCUUCAAGAUUGGAGAGACUAAAUGCACAUACGGGACAGGUGGAUUUCUCCUGUGCAACACCGGAGCCGAGCGUCCAGACUGGGGUCGGGAGCGGAAAUAUUUCCGCUCUUGGGAUCUACACUUCGGGAGCCAGAAGGUGAAAUCCACCCACGGUCUCUUGACGACCAUUGCAUACAAACUAGGACCGGACGCCCCGCUGAUCUACGCCCUUGAAGGGUCAGUGGCUGUCGCCGGCUCUGCUGUUCGCUGGCUUCGGGACAACCUAGGAAUAAUUUCAAGCACGGAAGAGGUUCAACGACUCGCAAUGAGCGUCAAAUCCACCCAUGGUGUCUACUUUGUACCGGCCUUCAGUGGUCUGUACGCUCCUUAUUGGGAGAGCUCAGCGAGGGGGGUCAUAUGCGGUCUGACCCAGUUCACGACCAAGGAGCACAUCGUCAGAGCGACGCUCGAGAGCGUAUGCUAUCAGGUGAGAGAGAUCCUGGAUUGCACGUACAAAGACAUGGGACUCGAAUUGACGCAACUGCUAGUGGACGGGGGUAUGGCGAAGAACGAUGCCUUGAUGCAGCUCCAAUCCAACAUUCUUGGCGUUAACGUGGUGAGGCCUCAAAUGUUGGAGACGACGGCCUUAGGUGCGGCCAUUGCAGCUGGCUUAGCGAAGGGCGUAGAAGUCUGGUCGCUUCCACAAAUUCUCAAGGGCGCUGCGGCCGUCAGCGAUACAUUCGAGCCGCAAAUCGUCAAGCAAGAGCGCGAGAGAAAAUUCUCCCGAUGGAAACAGGCUAUCGAACGGAGUCUCUUCUGGGAAGAUUGCACCGUUACCGCACAACGGAAAAGACUUCUCGGUGAUCAUUGGUAUCGGGUGUCCUCUCUGCCGUUUGGUCUCUUCGUCAUGGGGGCCUUCGCAAUGGUCAUCUUGGCGCAUUCCCGAUCGCCCUAAUCUCAACGUUGUUCAGUAUGUAGUACUAAGUAGCCCACGGAAGACUGGAGUAAACUCGGAAGGAGCUAGAAAUUUAGGGAGAAUGGGGUCGCGAGAUCUUCCGAGCGGGAACGCGCAAAUCUUUUUUGGAUUUUCGUACUGUUUGCCGCACGCGAACUCCGAUGCUCUGUAUAUAUGACGGGAGACGGGAACAGGACUCCAGGAGUGCUUGAAGGGUCACUUGUUGGUAGACUUGAGCGAUCGUUGCGAAAUUAUUUUUUAGCUGGUGAGAGAAGUAUGUGAUUCAGAGGAACACGAUACGUCUGGUUGUCGCCGGAAUGGAAGUGGCGGUGCGGCGUUCUAUUCGACCUGAGGCCUUCUUCAAUGUUGCUCGACUUUUCGGGAUUGUUGGGAACUACUCACAUAGGAUUCUAGUUCUGAAUGGAUCAGUGUCAGAGGAGUUCGAGUCGAACGGUUCACCGUUUUAGAAGCAUAGGUAUGGAAGUUUACGCUAAAUU